CCAUACCACAUGCGUAAGCCCUGAGCUAUGCUACAAGAGAAACCAGCCCAUACACAAUUCGUUCGAGCCGUGGGAAUUCUCAAUAACUUUUGUCAGAAUUUACUGGUAACCUAGACAGUAUGGCACGUAUAGCGAUAUGCUUAAUAAGAAAUGAUUUGCGUCUUCACGACAAUGAGGUCUUCCAUUGGGCCCAGAAGAAUGCUGAAUAUAUUGUCCCACUCUAUUGCUUUGACCCUCGACAUUAUGGAGAAACUGUCCACUACAACCUUCCCAAAACAGGGCCCUUCCGCCUGCGCUUCAUAUUAGAUAGUGUUAAGGACCUUAGGGCCUCCUUGAUCAAGAAAGGCAGCACCCUCUUUGUGAGAUGUGGAAAGCCAGAAGAAGUGGUUGAAGCCUUAAUUAGACAAUUGGGUUCCGUCAGUGCUGUGGCGUUUCAUGAGGAGGUAGCACCUGAAGACCAGAUAGUGGAGAAGGGAGUGAGAGAUAUCUGUGCCCAAAGGAAUGUCAAAGUGCACGCAUGCUGGGGCUCCACACUAUACCACAGAGAGGAUCUUCCCUUCCACCCCAUAUCAAUGCUACCUGAUGUGUACACACAGUUCAGGAAGGCAGUUGAGACCCAGGUCAGGGUGAGACCAGUGCUUUCAACCCCAGACCAGCUGCACCCUGUCCCAUCUGGCCUAGAGGAAGGACCUAUGCCUAGUCCUGAGGAUCUGGAGCAAACAGAGCCUGUAGCUGACCCCCGUUCUGCCUUUCCCUGCACAGGGGGGGAGACCAAGGCCUUAACCCGACUAAAGCAUUAUUUCUGGGAUACAGAUGCUGUAGCCACCUACAAGGAAACUCGAAAUGGAUUGAUUGGUGUGGACUAUUCCACUAAGUUUAGUCCUUGGCUGGCUCUUGGCUGCAUUUCCCCCAGAUACAUUUACGAACAAAUAAAAAAAUAUGAGAUUGAGCGGACCAACAAUCAGAGUACUUACUGGGUGAUCUUUGAACUGCUCUGGAGAGACUAUUUCAAGUUUGUUGGAGCCAAAUAUGGAUGCAAACUGUUUGAUGUUAAAGGCCUUCAAGAAAAGUCUGUUCCUUGGAAGAAGGACAUGAAGUUGUUCAAUGCAUGGAAAGAGGGCUGCACGGGUGUGCCUUUUGUGGAUGCCAACAUGAGGGAGCUUGCCAUGACAGGGUUCAUGUCCAAUAGAGGACGCCAGAACGUAGCCAGCUUCCUCACUAAAGACCUGGGUCUGGACUGGAGGAUGGGGGCUGAGUGGUUUGAAUACCUCUUGGUGGACCAUGACAUGUGUAGCAACUAUGGCAACUGGCUGUACAGUGCUGGGAUAGGAAAUGAUCCACGAGAGAACAGGAAAUUCAACAUGAUUAAACAAGGGCUUGAUUAUGACCCUUAUGGAGAUUAUGUGAGACUGUGGGUUCCAGAGCUUCAAGGUAUCAAGAACAGAGACGUCCACACACUCUGGGUCCUCAGCAGUGAUGCCCUGUUAGCUGCACAUGUGUCCCUCAACGAGACUUACCCACAGCCCAUCGUCAUUGCACCAGAGUGGUGCAGGCAUAUCAGCAAAAAAAUGACUAAAGCAGGACCCUCGUCCAGAGGCAAAAGAGGGCCAUCUCAAGCUCCUAAACAACAUCGGAACAGGGGCAUCGAUUUCUAAUUCUUCAAGAAUAAGCCUUUGUGAUAGAGCUCAAUGCAAAUAGUAGUGGUUGAAAAUAAGUUAAGGUUCCACUGAAACAAUACAGCUUACUUUUGUUUUGUUUGAGGCACGUACAGUUAUAGAAAACCUUUAGGUUCAUGAGUGACACUUCUGACAAUGUUGGUUGAAAGUACAUUGUUAAAUAAUGGUAUCAUACAAUAAAAUAACUUUUUAUGCUCA